CCACCGCCCCUUGGCUCCACCAAUCAUCGCUCUCGCCGUCCUUUCGGCUCCUCCCACCCCCUCUCGGCUCCGCUCGGCUCUCCUCAUGUUCCCUCCCGUCUAUCCCCGCCCAUCGCCCUUCAGUUCCACCAAUCACCGUUCCCCUCCUCUCGGCUCCACCAAUCAACGCUCUCCUCCGCUCGGCUCCUCCCGCCACCCUUCGGCUCCUCCCGCCACCGCCCCCCAUCACCAUUGGCACCAGCAUGGCAGCCCUGCGCAGCGUCAAGGGAAUGGUGGCUCUUGUGACCGGCGGAGCCUCAGGGCUGGGCCGGGCAACGGCGGAGCGUUUGGUGGAGCAAGGAGCCCGAGUUGUCCUCCUUGACCUGCCCAGCUCGCAGGGAGCACAGCUGGCAGCAGAGCUGGGUGAACGUUGCGCCUUUGCCCCCGCUAACGUGACAUCGACUGAGGAGGUGGAGGCUGCCCUGGAAUUGACCAAGAAGACUUUUGGGAAGUUGGAGCUGACGGUGAACUGCGCCGGGGUGGGAAUCGCUAUCAAGACCUACAAUGCCAAGAAGGACAAAGUGCACGAGCUGGAGGAUUUCCAGCGGGUCGUUAAUGUUAACCUCGUUGGGACCUUCAACGUUAUCCGCCUCAGCGCUCGCCUAAUGAGCCAAAACGCACCCGACCCCGACGGCCACCGGGGUCUGGUGGUGAACACGGCCAGCGUGGCAGCCUUUGAGGGGCAGGUGGGCCAGGCAGCCUACUCGGCCUCUAAAGGUGGCAUUGUGGGCAUGACGCUGCCCAUUGCCCGCGAUCUGGCACCGCUGGGGAUCCGCGUGGUCACCAUCGCCCCAGGGCUUUUCUCCACCCCACUGCUGGCCGGACUGCCCGAGAAGGUGCGGAACUUUUUAGGGCAGCAGGUUCCUUUCCCAUCUCGGUUGGGGAACCCUGCCGAAUACGCCCACCUGGUGCAGGCCUUGGCUGAGAACCCCAUGAUCAACGGGGAGGUGGUGAGGCUGGACGGGGCUCUCCGGAUGCAGCCCUAAAUGGGGGAACACGGCGUGGGGGUGGCCACGAUGAUGGGACGUGAAGCAGAGGCACCAUGGGGACACCCCAAAAUGGGGGCACCAUGGGGACACGGACCUACCCUUCUUUAUGGGGAACACGUGGGGAGCUGAACCAGGAUUGCCUGUGUUGGGGACCCAGUAGGGACCUGGUCCGAGGUCACCUGGGUCUGGGGACCCAAUGGAACCCGUCCGUGGCUGGGGACUGACCUUGUGGGCCCCCCUCUUUUGUGGGCCCCCCUCUUUUGUGGACCCACCUGGGACU